AUGGGGACAAAUUCAAGGGCUCUAACGCUCACAAGAGUGCACUGGCCAGUGGGUGGAGUGAAAAAGCUACAUCGCUACAGGCCGGGCAUAGUGGCUCUGCGUGAGAUCCAGCGCUACCAGAAGUCCACUGAGCUGCUGAUCUGCAAGCUGCCAUUCCAGCGACUGGUGUCGGUCUGGGAAAUUGCUCAGGACUUUAAGACCGACCUGCGCUUCCAGAGCUCUGCCGUGAUGGCGCUGCAGGAAGCAUGUGAGGCCUACCUGGUGGGACUCUUUGAAGACACCAACUUGUGCGUCAUCCACGCCAAGCGUGUCACCAUCAUGCCCAAAGACAUCCAACUGUCUCGCCGUAUCCAUGGUGAGCGGGCAUAA